AUGGAGCCGUACGCGGCGGCGAAGGGCGGCGGGGCCGACGCCGGCACCGGCCUGGAAGAGUCGAUGCGGAGGCUGGGGCUCGGCGAGGACGGGGAAGCGGGGGAGGAGAAGCUUCCGGAGCGCCCGGGCGAGGCGGACUGCGCCUACUACCUCCGCACGGGCGCCUGCGGCUACGGGGAGCGCUGCCGCUACAACCACCCUCGCGAUCGGCCGGUUCCGGUUAAUGGAGUUGGAAAGACCGCAGGUAUGGUGGAGUACCCAGAGCGACCUGGACAGCCACUCUGUGAGUACUAUGCAAAGAAUGGCACCUGUAAAUUUGGUUCCAAUUGCAAGUUUGAUCAUCCCAGGGAAGGUGGUUUUGUACCUGUCACAUUAAACAGCAGUGGAUUCCCCCUACGUCUGUCACCUAUGAACCAAGUUACACCAACUGGGGGACAGCAAGCUGUUUCAGCAGGGGCAUCUUAUGGCUUGUCGCACCAGGGGCCUACCUCUGCUGUGACUUAUGGCAGUCAUUAUGCACAAUUGUAUUCUUCAUCUGGGACUUCAAGCAGCAACAUACAAGAAUAUGCCUUUCCAGAGCGGCCUGGGCAGCCUGAAUGUGAACAUUACAUGAAGACCGGAACCUGUAAAUAUGGAGCAGUCUGCAAAUAUCAUCAUCCUCAAUACUUCAGUGGACCAAAGUCUAACUGCAUACUGAGCCCUCUGGGUCUUCCCCUGCGUCCUGGUUCUCAGCCAUGUGCUUACUAUGCACACCAUGGGUUUUGCAAGUUUGGGCCGACAUGCAAGUUUGAUCACCCGAUGAGUACUCCAAACUAUAGUCUCUCAGCGUCGUCACUUACUGACAUGCCAGUGGCUCCAUAUCCUCACAGUUUCCCUGUUACUCCUAUGCCUCCAUAUCUGCCAUCUUCUGAUCUGCGUCCACAAUACACUCUAGUCAAGGAUUCCUCUGCUAAUCCACCACCAGCCCCUGGAACUACAUAUGGACCUGUCGGGUCUAUAUCAAAGGUUUAUGCUCCCCACACGCUUAUCCGAUCCCCGGCUUCUGCAGCUGCUGGCAUGCAAGCAUAG